GGAUCAAACCAAUUUUCCGAACCAGGGAGAGAGAGAUCUUCGUCGAACAACUUCACGAUUCACCAACUGUGCAGGAAAAAAUCAUUUUCAAGUUUCGAAGAACGAUAAAUUAAAUGUCUUCCCUUGCAGCUGCUAGAGCAGACAAUUUUUACUAUCCCCCAGAAUGGGACCCAAGUCAGGUAUGUUUUCUUACAUGCAAUCAGUUCUAAUAUUUUUUUUUUUCUAUCAUAGGUCUUACACUGUUUUUUUUUUUUUUUCCUGUCAGGGUUCUCUAAACAAGUUUCACGGCCAGCAUGCCUUGAGAGAGAGAGCAAGGAAGAUAGAUCAGGGUAUCUUGAUUAUAAGGUUUGAGAUGCCUUUUAAUAUAUGGUGUGGAGGAUGUAAUUCUAUGAUUGCAAAGGGUGUUCGAUUCAAUGCAGAGAAAAAACAAGUUGGGAAUUACUACUCCACAAAGAUAUGGAGCUUUACCAUGAAGGCUGCAUGCUGUAAACAUGAGAUCAUCAUCCAGACUGAUCCAAAGAACUGUGAGUAUGUGAUCAUCAGUGGUGCUCAGAAAAAAACAGAGGAUUUUGAUGUUGAGGAUGCAGAAACUUUUGAAUUACCAGCUGAUGAAGAGAGAGGGAAGCUUGCUGAUCCAUUUUACCGCCUUGAACACCAGGAGGAAGAUUUGAAGAAAAAGAAGGAAGCUGAACCAGUAAUUGUCCGUCUCCAGCGACUAUCUGAUGCCAGACAUUCAGAUGACUAUGCCCUAAAUAAGAGCCUCAGGGCCCAACUUAGAAAUCAAAAGAAGAGAGUUGCUGAAGAAGAAACUGCUUCCAGGAAAAGAGGCCUUGGCAUUCGACUGCUUCCAGCUUCAGAACAAGAUGCUGCAACUGCUGCAAAUGUGAAGUUUUCAACUAAGUUUGAGAAAAAUAGGAAGGACAAGCGGGCAAUGAUCAAUGCUGGUUCCAUCUUCCCAGGGUUAUCUGCCUCAUCCAUGUCUGAUAAGAGAAGGCUGGAACUAGAGUCUAAACGAAGAAAAAUUUCUGCAGGCGGAGCAUCUAGGCUACUGGUUGGGGGAUUCAAACCAUCAUCAUUGUCACAGGGUGCUGUUUUGUCAAGCAGGCAAAAAGGAGCUUCAAUGAAUGUAAGACGUUAGAAGCAGAAAAAUGUCAGCGGUGUUGUUCACUCACCAGUGAUUUUGAAUACAUUCCCAAAGUUGGUGCUGGAGCUUGUUAAUAGAAAUUGCUUAAUAAGCUUUAAGAUGGAAGCAUAGCGUUUUAUUAUGAUUAUGCAUUGUAUAGUGUCUUUUAGAAUGUGUGAAGGAAGUAAACUUUCUGGUCCCACGAGUUGAAUUUUAGUUUAUUUCUUUGUAAGAAUGGGUGUAAAAAUUAAAGACAAGGAAAAGCCUCCUUUCUUUCUCAAUGACUGACUGUGCCAUCAAGAUACCCCCAACAACCUUGAUUUUUUUAUACUUUAUAUUUCCUA